AUGAGCAGAGAGGUGUUGCUGACGUGGCUUCUCCCCGUGUGUGUGUCCCCAGCCCCCCCCACGGUGAGGAUCGUGCACUCGGGGCUGGCCUGUAACAUCGAGGAGGAGCGAUACUCCGAGAGGGUCUACACCAUCCGCGAGGGAGAGACCCUGGAGCUCACCUGCCUGGUCACCGGCCACCCCCGGCCACAGAUCAGGUGGACGAAAACAGCGGGAAGUGCCUCGGACAGAUUCCAGGACUCGAGCGUGUUCAACGAGACCCUUCGGAUCUCCAACAUCCAGAGGCACCAGGGGGGACGUUACUACUGCAAGGCCGAGAACGGCCUCGGCUCUCCCGCCAUCAAAUCCAUCCGGGUGGACGUCUACUAUUUGGAUGAUCCCAUAGUGACAGUCCACCAGAGCAUUGGGGAGGCCAAGGAGCAGUUUUACUAUGAGAAGACCGUGUUCCUCAGGUGCGUGGCCAACUCCAACCCGCCGGUGCGGUACAGCUGGCGCCGCGGGCAGGAGGUGCUGCUGCAGGGCUCCGACAAGGGAGUGGAGAUCUACGAGCCCUUCUUUACCCAGGGAGAAACCAAGAUCCUGAAGCUGAAGAACCUUCGCCCUCAGGACUACGCCAACUACAGCUGCAUCGCGUCCGUCCGGAAUGUCUGCAGCAUCCCGGACAAGAUGGUCUCCUUCCGCCUCUCCAACAAGACAGCCCCGCCUUCCAUCAAGCUCCUGGUGGACGACCCCAUCGUGGUGAACCCUGGCGAGGCCAUCACCCUGGUGUGCGUGACCACGGGGGGGGAGCCGGGGCCCAGCCUCACCUGGGUCAGGAGUUCGGGGGCGCUGCCCGACAAGACGGUGCUCAACGGGGGCACCCUGACCAUCCCCGCCAUCGGCGCCGACGACGCCGGCACCUACAGCUGCAUCGCCAACAACAACGUCGGCAACCCCGCCAAGAAGUCCACCAACAUCAUCGUCAGAGCCUUAAAAAAGGGACGCUUUUGGAUCACCCCCGACCCCUACCACAAGGAUGACAACAUCCAGAUCGGGCGGGAGGUGAAGAUCUCGUGCCAGGUGGAGGCCAUCCCGCCCGAGGAGCUGACCUUCAGCUGGUUCAAGAACGGGCGGCCCCUGCGGAGCUCGGAGAGGAUGGUGAUCACCCAGACCGACCCCGACGUGUCCCCCGGCACCACCAACCUGGACAUCAUCGACCUCAAGUUCACCGACUUCGGCACCUACACGUGCGUGGCCUCGCUCAAGGGAGGGGGAAUCUCCGACAUCAGCAUCGACGUCAACAUCUCCAGCAGCACCGUGCCACCCAACCUGACCGUCCCCCAGGAGAAGUCCCCGCUGGUGACACGGGAGGGGGACACCAUCGAGCUGCAGUGCCAGGUGACGGGCAAGCCCAAGCCCAUCAUCCUGUGGUCCCGGGCCGACAAGGAGGUGGCGAUGCCGGACGGGGCGAUGCAGACCGAGAGCUACGACGGGAUCCUGAGGAUCGUCAACGUGUCCCGGGAGAUGACGGGGACAUACCGGUGCCAGACCAGCCAGUACAACGGGUUCAACGUGAAACCCAGAGAGGCUUUGGUGCAGCUCAUUGUACAGUACCCCCCGGCCGUGGAGCCGACGUUCCUGGAGAUCCGGCAGGGCCAGGGCCGGAGCGUCACCAUGAGCUGCCGGGUGCUGAGGGCCUAUCCCACCCGGGUGCUGACCUACGAGUGGCGCCUGGGCACGAAGCUGCUGCGCACGGGGCAGUUCGACGUGCAGGACUCCACGGAUUACACCGUGGGCAGCCUGGCCAGGGACACCUAUGGCCUCUACAACUGCAACAUCAUCAACGAGGCGGGCGCCGGGCGCUGCAGCUUCCUCGUCACAGGAGGGCUGGAGCCACGGCAGGGCCGGGGGAACGUCGGCGACGAGCGACGGGACGAGGGCAAACGGCCUCGAGUCGCUCCAGGAGAGUGUUGUGUCUUCUCCCCCCUCUGCUCCACAGCCUGCAAGUGCAACGGCCACGCGUCCGUCUGCAACACCAACACCGGCAAGUGCUUCUGCACCACCAAGGGGAUAAAAGGAGAUGAGUGUCAGCUGUGUGAAGUCGAAAACAGAUAUCAGGGAAAUCCUCUCAAAGGAACGUGUUACUACACUCUCCUCAUCGACUAUCAGUUCACCUUCAGCCUGUCCCAGGAGGACGAUCGUUACUACACCGCAAUCAACUUUGUGGCCACGCCUGAAGAGCAAAACAGAGACCUGGACAUGUUCAUCAAUGCAUCCAAAAACUUCAACCUCAACAUCACUUGGUCCACAAGUUUUGCAGCUGGCACACAGGCAGGGGAGGAAAUUCCAGUUGUUUCCAGAACCAAUAUAAAAGAGUACAAGGACAGUUUCUCCAACGAGAAGUUUGAUUUCCGCAACAACCCCAACAUCACCUUCUUUGUUUACGUCAGCAACUUCACCUGGCCCAUAAAAAUCCAGAUUGCAUUCUCACAGCACAGCAACUUUAUGGACCUGGUGCAGUUCUUUGUGACAUUUUUCAGUUGUUUCCUGUCCUUGCUCCUGGUGGCAGCUGUGGUUUGGAAGAUUAAGCAGAGCUGUUGGGCAUCACGACGGAGAGAGGUUGGAAUUCCAAAUGCUGCUCCUUUAAUGCCAUUGUUAUAGUUGUUCUCUCUUACAUUUAUCCACAUGUGCAUCCCAUUAACCUUCAGCUAAGGCAGAGCUCCACUAAUCUAUAACUGCUGCUCUUUGGGGGCUUUGGUGUAUUUUUGAUUGUGGUUUCAGUGACAAAUGGGGUUAUUUCGGUGUCCUGACGCUGCAGUUUCUGUGAAGCUCCGAAAAAAAAAUUAGGGGUGAACGUCCUGAAUUCCCACAACUCGUGUUUCUAGACAGCAUAAAUACAAACCCACAUAAAUCAGGAGAUUCUUUACGUCUGUUUC